UUUUACCGCCAUAGCUUUUCUCUUUCUAAGUUCCUUCCACAUUCCCGGUACACUUGCUUCGCCAAGUGUCAAGGAGCUUGAUCUCAUUUGUAGCUAAUCUUCAAUCAGUUUUCUGUUAAUUUUUCUAGAAAUUCUCCCCGUCCGAUCUUUUCUUCUUGAUGAACUUUAAUUUACGGCUUCAGCUGCGCCGAUGAUGCUUGGAAGCGGUUCUUGAAUCUGAGAGCCUGUAUUUUCUUCAUCGGGUGGAGAGGAUUUAUGUGGUUGGAUUUGCAGCAGAAGGUUAACUUUCAUUAUGGGGUUUGACAGCGAGUGUAUAUUGAACAUUCAGUCUCUUGCUGGGGAGUAUUUCUGUCCUGUCUGUCGCUUGCUUGUUUACCCACAUCAAGCAUUGCAGUCACAGUGCACUCACUUGUAUUGCAAGCCUUGUUUAACUUAUGUAGUUUGCACUACCAGGGCUUGCCCAUAUGAUGGCUACUUGGUUACAGAAGCGGAUUCUAAGCCACUCGUUGAAUCAAAUAAAACUCUUGCUGAUGCUAUUGGAAAAAUAGCUGUUCAUUGCUUGUAUCACAGGAGUGGGUGCACUUGGCAAGGGCCAUUGUCUGAUUGUGUAACUCAUUGUUCUGGAUGUGCCUUUGGCAAUUCCCCUGUUUUAUGCAAUCGUUGUGGAAUUCAACUUGUACACCGGCAAGUACAGGAGCACGCACAAACUUGUCCAGGUGUGCAACCUCAAGCACAAGCAGACGUUGCUCAAGGCGCCACAGCCAGUGGCACGGCAGCUGCUACUGAUCAAGGCCAGUCUGCUGAAAUGACAAAAUCUCACGUCCAAUCUUCACGGAGUGUAGCAGUUAGUGCACCUGCACAGGAUCCCAAUCAGCAGGCCAACACAAGUUCCCAGGGUCCAGCUGUUGUUCAAGCUGCUACGCCGACUUCAGAACAGUGGUAUCAACAGCAACAACAGUAUCAGCAAUAUUAUCAGCAGUAUCCUGGAUAUGAUCCUUAUCAGCAGCAGUACCAGAACUAUUCCCCUUACCAGCAGCAGACAGGUGUUCCGUUUCAGCAGCCACAGUCAUCUCAGGCUCUUCCUUCACACGCGGCUGCCCAGCAACAACCUCAGGCGCACAUCCAGCCCCAGCCCCAGCCCCAGCCACAGCCGCAGCCUCAACCCCAACCUCAAUCACAACCCCAAGUUCCUGUCCAUUCCCAAUCCCAACCCCAACCUCAGGCUCAAUCCCAGCCUCAAUCUCUACCACACCCUCAACCCCUACCUCAGCCACAUGGUCCGUCUCAAUCACAUAUGCACGUCCAAAUGCCGGCAGUUGGUCCAUCUCAGAACCAGGGACAAGUUAACCCUCAGCAGCAACUAUAUCAUGCUGCAACCCCACAUUCUCAGAUCCAACCGCAGAGUCACCCACCAGCACAUGGCCAAGCACAACCUCAACCUCAACCUCAGUCAUACCCCCAACCUCAGCCCAGUUCGCAGCAACUUGUGCAUAUGCCACCACAUCAGCAGCCUCAUUCCCAAAUGCCACCACAUCAGCGUCCUCCUUUCCAUCCGCCUCACCAUCCUGUUUCUCGGCUACCACCCCAUUCACAAGCCCCAGCUCAACACCAUUCUCAGCUUCCUAAUUCACAAAUUAAUCAAUCUCUACCAAUGGCGCCUAAUGCACAACCCCAAAUGCAGAAUCCAACGUAUACUGCAACAGGCUAUCAUUCUUAUCCCCAGCCACAGUAUCACCAACAAAUGCAGAUGGGAGUUCCUCAAAAUGUUCUUCUGCCAUAUGCGCAAGGUGGGUCUCGUCAACAAUCCCAACCACCAGUUCAUAUGCAUUCCCAAUUACCACAACCACCUCCUGUGCGCCCAUCCCAACCUCCUCUAUACCAAAAUCAGCAACCGCCACAAAUAUUGCCUUCACCCAAUCAGGUUCGAAAUAUUUCUCCAGCACAAAAACUACAAAUACCAUCCCAUGCCCAAAAAGCUGGAGGCCCUGGACAGGCAUCCAACCAGCAACCUGUUAUGCAGCCAGUGCAACAAUCUGCAUCCCAACAAGUUGUGCAUCAACACCAGCAUUCUGGACAGCAAGCGCAGUUUAUACAGCAUCAGCUGCAUAUGACACCCCAAAUGCGUCCAAUGAGGCCUUUAGUGCUUAACCAAGGAGUACGAUCUAUGCCUUAUUCACAAUCUAUGGUUGGUGUUCCAGUGAGGCCAAUACAGUCUGCUGCUAACCAAUCAACUAUAAAGCAGGGACAUACAUUUGGUAAUAAUAGUAGUCAGUCGCAGUUGCAAGAUGUUUUUGGUGAACACAAAUUGGAAAAAAGCCUUGAUGGACGAAAGAGUGGAUUAUCGUCUCAAAAGGAUGCCAAAACAGCUGCAAAUCAUUUGGACGUGUCAUCUAAUUCGGGGGCAGUUGCUGAUGAGUUGACUGAACAAUCUGAAGCUAAUUUGAAGGUGCCCGAUGAUAAAAGUAGACAUACUAUUGGGUAUAAAUCUAUUCAGGCUGACACAUCCACUGAAAGUACUCCACAAAAUGGGGCAAUGGACUCUAAUUUGCUUGUAGGUGACAACGGUAAGACCAAGCACGUUGAGGGAAAGGUUGAGGCAAUAGAAAGUACUUUUGAUCAUUUGAGCAAUGAUAAGUUGGGAGAAGUUAGUAUUCAGGACCAGGAAGAUCUUAGCAUUGAGCCUAAGAAAACGGAGGUUCUUGUUAAUGAGAAUAAAGAAAAUCAAGAAGGUUUCCUUCAGAAGAUUUCACCACCAAACACUGAGUUAUGUGAAGAACGAAGUAACAGGAUACAUAAUGACAUUAGUGGGACUCUACACCCCUCUUCUGGUGCAGAUGAGGGAUCACAAGCUAUCCUUGGUAGUCCCGAUGGUACAAAAUCGAAACUAUUGAUUCAACAUACCUAUCAGGAUAAAAAUCCGUCUCAAACUGGGGGUACUCAAAAUGGCGCAACACAACCUUCUCACACAACUUCCCUAGUUUGCCAUCCAAGACAUCAGACUCUACCGAGUAAUUGUGUGUCAUCUGCUGCACUUCAACGAGGUGUGACAGGAACUUUGUUACAGGCACCUCCUCCAAGACCCUAUCAUCAGGCACAAGUCUCAAAUAAUCUGUCCAUGCAAGUUAGGCCACAGGCUCCUGGCUUGGUGGCUCAUCCUGGACAACCAUUUAAACCAUCUGAACCGUUUCUUCCAGGUGGCAUUAUAGAACCUGGUUCUGCUCCAUCUCUUGGUAGAGGGCCAAGUCUCUAUGGUCCUCAGCAAACUUUGGAGCGAUCUAUUGGUCCCCAAGCAUCCUAUAAUCUAAGCCAACCACCUUCUUCGCUAGGGGUUUCAAAGAUGUCACUAGGCGAUUCUAUUGGAGCACACUUCCGUUCAAACCUUCCUGGGGCUUUUGAUUCAAGGGGACUACUGUAUGCUCCUGAAUCUCAAAUUGGUGUUCAACGCCCCAUUCAUCCUUCGGAGGCUGAGAUAUUUUCAAAUCAAAGGCCAAGACCUGAUUCCCAUUUUCCUGGGACCGUGAACCACCGUCCACCACAUCUCCCAGGGAUUCCUCCUAAUGUGUUGACUUUGAAUGGUUCCCCAGGUCCUGACUCCUCUUCCAAACAUGGCUUGAGGGAUGAAAGGUUCAAAAAGCUGAUGCAUAAGGAACAGUUGAAUCCCUUCCCAUUGGAUAUAGGUCGGCGUGCUAUUAAUCAAAUAGAUGUUGAAGAUGUUCCCAGGCAAUUCCCUAGGCCUUCUCAUUUGGAUUCCGAUCUUGCUCAGAGAACGGAAAGUUACUCUUUGAUGAGACCUUUUGACAGGGGAGUGCUCGGGAAAAAUUAUGAUACUGAUUUAACCAUUGAUGGUGGUGCUCCUUCAAGAAUCUUGCCACCUCGUCAUAUGAGUGAUGCAUUACAUCCUACAGAUACUGAGAGAUCGUUUGGUUUUUAUAAAGAUUCUAUUGGACAAGCAGAUCAAUCUCGUGGCCAUUCUGACUUUCCUAUACCAGGGGGUUAUAGUCUGCAUUUUGCAGAUGGAUUUGGUCCAAGAAGUCCUCUUCAUGAAUAUCAUAGACGUGGGUUUGGAGGCCAUCUUGGGUUUUCGGGUGUGGAGGAAAUUGAUGGUCAGGACUUUCCUCCUCGUUUUGGUGAUCCGUCUAGGUUUCCUAUUUUUCGUAACCAUCUGCAAGGAGGUGAAUUUGAGGGUCCUGGAAAUUUUAGGAUGAGUGAACAUGUGAGAAUUGGUGAUUUGAUUGGACAAGAUAGACAUUUUGGUCCUCGAAACUUGACUAGGCAUUUAUGUUCGGGUGAGCCUACUCCUUUUGGUUCACAUCCUGGUCACUCUCGAAUAGAAGAUCUGUCUCUGCUUGGCAACUUUGAUCCAUUUGGUGGAGGGCAUAGGCCCAAUCAUCGACGACUUGGCGAGCCUGGGUUUAGAAGCAGUUUUUCUCAUCAGGUGCUUGCAGAUGAUGGUAGAUUUUUUGCAGGAGACAUUGAUUCUUUUGAUGAUUCAAGGAAGAGGAAACGAAACAGUAUGGGAUGGUGUAGGAUUUGUAAAUUUGAUUGUGAAACAGUUGAAGGCUUGGAGCUUCAUUCACAAACUAGGGAGCACCAAAAGAUGGCUAUGGAUAUGGUGCAGAGCAUCAAACAAAAUGCAAAGAAACAUAGAGUAACUCCAAAUGAUCGUUCCUCUGAAGAUGGCAAGACAAAGAAUGUUGGUCUUGAUAACCGUGGGAAAAAGCAUUAAAUUUGCAGCUCUUCUCAUCAGACUCAUGGAUUCCGUUUUACUGGAGCCAAUUUUGUUUCCUUGGUUGCUGCCUUAUACAAAGAUGAUUUUUGGGGAUGAAGUUCUGUGGCAAUCUUUCAAUUCGACCUGUUUUCUGGGCGAAGCAGACUACCAAAAUUCUGAAAGUUCAGUGGCAAGGUUUAUCAAGUCAUCUUUGUUUGAGGUGGUAAGAAUGUGUUUGAUGAAAAGGUGCAUUAGUUGCAAAUCUCUUUGCUGCAUUUUUAUUUAUUAAUCUUAAACUGAUGUUAAAAUUCUGCUUCUUGCACUAUUGACUGUUUCUUCACAUUGAUGUCAUAAACUUUAGGUUUCAGCCACAAGUUUUAUUAAGUAGAGGAACCCGUGGAGCUUAGAAACUUAUUUUGUUCUUCGUUGAGCAUCAUGUAAUGCUGCCCCGUCUAUAACUCUCAGCAUACUGUUGUCAAAAGCUUGUGUUUUAACGCAAUCAGUUUCUUUUAAAUGCUUGAUUUGUGGCCUAGGAAACUGAAGUAAAGGAGCGAGGGAAGAUAAUCCUCCCACCUUAAAGCUGAAGGAGUUAACGGAUAGUUUACAUCAAUAAAAGGGAUGUUAGUUUACACAGGAGUUCUGGAAAUGUACA